UUUUUUUUUUUUUGCCAUUUUAUAAUAGUUUUUGAAAAUGACAAAUAGUUUUUCCAGUAACUCAAAUUUGCCCAAAAGACCAAGAUCUCCAGCUUUUGACAACGACAAUGACAACGACAGUUCUGCUUCUGAACCAAACCAGAAAAGACCUUAUGUCCAGGUUCCACACUCAAGUCCCAUUCAAAACACUUAUAAGAAUGGACUCAAGAAUCUUGAUUCGUCUUCCCCAAUAAAAUUUAAUGAUGCUUUGCCUCCAACAAGAAACAUUGAAAACCGAAAUCCCAACAGAAUCUCCAAUUUUUCUCCAUUUCUAGAACAAUUUGCCUAUAAAGGCGAUGCAAACAAAUCUUCAUCGACUUCAUUGACAUCAAAUUUGUCAAUAAACUUACCCAACCCAUUUAAAUCUUCUUUUUCAAAUAAUCUGAAUGGGUCUAUCAAGAAUGGUUCUAUCAAGAAUGGUUCUUUACAGCAGACUAUUCAAAUGUUGAAGUUAAAAUUCGAUGUGAAAGAAAAUUUGAUAAUUGCAUUACUCAAAAAAAAUAAUGGCAAUUUAAGAGAGACUACUGCUAGCUUAAAUAGCUUUAUUGCAAAGCACCCUGAACAUAGAUUGAGAACUAUUAAUUCUGGUUUUUCUAACAAUAACUCUCUUCCUUCAUUUUUAUCAAAUCCUUCUCCUUCUCUAUCUCCCAAACAAAGAUCUCGACCUAGCUUUAGCUCUGACUCCACUGCUCAUCUAGUUUCAAAAGCAAAAGCAAAUUCAAAUAUAACUAAACCCAGUUUGAAGAUUACUGAAAAAUAUAACCUUAAAAAUAAUAAUAAUGGCAAUACUAGUAAUAAUGAAAUCAGAAAAAGAAAGAAAAAACUAGUUAGAGGUUCGAAAUUUGAUAAUGAGGUUAAUAAUAAAGUUAACAAUGAUGAUAAUAAUGUUAAUAAUGUUGAUAACAGUUUAGAAGCUAUAUCUCCUUCAAAAUUUUACUCGAAUUCAAAGUUAGCUAAAUCCAAGAAAAAGAUCGUUAACUUAAGCGAAGAAGAAGAGGAUCAAUUUUCUGAACCAGAAAAUACUCAAUCUGAUCAAGAGUUGGAUGAUGAUGAGAAAUAUGAAAACAAAGAAGAAUCGCAAGACAAUUAUCAAAUUAGAAUAUUAGAAUUUUUGAAUACUGCUCCUCUUCUCGAUAUCUCUGAUAUCGGUAGUUGUUCUCCAGAAAUUGCUCAGUUAUUAAUUGAUGAAAGACCAUAUGAGUCUUUAGAACAAAUUGAAGAAAAAGAUUUUGUUGAAAUUGACAAUGCAAAAGUCGAUAUGGCUAAAAAAACAAAAAGAACUUAUCUUAAAAGGAAGACAAUGGGUUUGAGAAUUGUUGAAAAAACUGAGAUAACGUUGAAAGGUUAUGAUGCCAUUGAGACGUUGAUUGAAAAGUGCUCCAAAUUGGGGCAAACGAUUUCAAAAGAUAUUGCUUCCUGGGGUGUUGAUAGAAACGGUAAAGUAAUUGACAAAAAACUAUACAAACAGAACAAGAUAGGAUUAUCUCUGGUUAAUGUGCAGAAGAAAAUUCAUGAUGAUGAUGAAGAAGAUCAUGAUGGUGAUAAUGAUUUGACUAUAACUAAAGAAACUGAACUCAAUGAAAAGGAAUUGAAAAAUAGUGAAAAAAUUUCAUUUGUUAAAGAAGUUGAGCUAGAAACUGGGUUAGACAUCGAAAAAGUUGAGUCUGAAUCUGAUAUAUCAGAUGGAGAGGAAUACAGUGAUGAUGAAGAUGAUGAAGACGAAGAUGAAAACAUCUCAUUUAGAAAAAGUCGAAACAACAGGAGAUCAAGAAAUAAUGGAACAUCAGUUAUUAUUAAUCAAAACAAAAAGUAUAUUAGUGAACAACCACAGUUAUUGUCAGAUACUUUAGAAUUAAAAAUUUAUCAACAGUUUGGAUUCAACUGGUUGAAUUUACUUUACAGUUAUAAUUUAUCUUGCAUUUUAGCAGAUGAAAUGGGGUUGGGCAAAACCGUUCAGGUGAUAUCCUUUUUAACAUAUUUGAAACAGAUCGAUCCUAAAAAUUCUGGGCAAAAUUUAAUUAUCGUACCAGCAUCAACUUUAGAAAAUUGGUUGAGAGAAUUUCAAAAAUUUUCACCUGAAUUACAAGUCUCACCAUAUUAUGGCACACAAAAUGAGCGAAUUGAUUUGAGGAUUCAUUUAUCGAAAAUUAAAUAUGAUAUAUUGAUUACUACAUAUUCGUUAGCAUGCGGAUCUAAAGAGGAUCAGAAGUUUUUAAUUAAACAAGGAUUUAACUGUAUUAUUUAUGAUGAAGGGCAUAUGUUAAAGAAUUCAACUAGUGAAAGGUAUAACAAGUUGAUGCGAUUAAAGGGAAAAUUCCGAAUUUUACUAACAGGAACACCUUUACAGAAUAAUUUAAAGGAACUAAUAUCAUUAUUAAGUUUUAUUUUGCCGGGCAUUUUCAAGGAACAUAAAGAAGAUUUGCAAGUGUUGUUUAAUCAAAAGGCAACAACAAAGAGUGGGAAAAAAAGAAAGGGUAAAAAGAAAACUAAAAAUGGAAGUAGGAAUGUGAAUGAAAAUGAAAAUGAAAAUGAGGAUGGAGAUGAAGAUAGUGGCAGUAAUGAUAGUGAAGAGUAUAAUCCGUUAUUGUCAAUUCAAGCGAUUUCCAAAGCCAAAAGAAUUAUGGAGCCAUUUAUUCUACGAAGAAGAAAAAAACAUGUUUUAAAAAACUUGCCUAAAAAGAUACAUCAGAUUGAAUAUUGCGAAUUGUUACCAGCACAGAAAAGGAUUUAUGAAAAAGAGAUUGAUGAAGGCAAGAGUAAUCAGGGAAUUAAUAUGAUUGGAAAUAAAACCAAAACGAAAAAUAUUAUAAUGAAUUUAAGAAAAGCAGCUAUUCAUCCAUUACUAUUUAGAAAUAUUUAUACGGAUAGCAAAUUGAAGCAAAUGUCAGAGAGGAUAAUGAAGGAAGAAGUUUAUAAGAAUGCUAAUAGGCAGUUUAUUUAUGAGGAUAUGGAGGUUAUGACAGAUUUUGAAUUGAAUGAAUUGUGUGAGAAAUUUCCCAAGAGUUUGAGUCGAUACAAGUUGAAAAAGAAAGAUUUUUAUUCGUCGGAUAAAGUUUUGAAGUUGAAGAAAUAUAUAAGGGAGUAUACAAUAAAGGGAUCUAAGAUGUUAAUUUUUUCGCUUUUCACGCAAGUUUUGGAUAUAAUUGAGAAAUUUUUAGAGUAUGAAAAGGUGAAGUUUCUAAGACUUGAUGGGAGCACUGCAGUUGAUAUUCGACAGGAUUUGAUUGACAAGUUUUAUAAGGAGGAAGAGAUUAAGAUUUUUUUGUUGACGACCAAGAGUGGGGGAUUUGGGAUUAAUUUAGUUUGUGCAAAUGUUGUUAUAAUAUUUGAUCAGAGUUUUAAUCCACAUGACGAUAAACAAGCAGAAGAUAGAUGUCAUCGACUAGGGCAGGAAAAGGAUGUUGAGGUGAUUAAGUUAAUUACAAAGGAUUCGAUUGAAGAGAAUAUAUUGAUGUUGGGUCGGAAUAAGUUGGCGUUGGAUAAAAAUAUGAGUGAAAAUACGAAAGUGAUAGUGGAAUUGGAUGACAAAAAAGAAAUGGGAAAAAAAGGGAACCAAGGAGAUGGAGAUAAAGAUGAAGAUGGAGAUGAAGAAGAAGAAGAAUAUAUGGAUGAUAAUAAGAUCGAAGAGAAAGCAACAUCAUUGAUUGCUCAAAUUUUAUUUAAAGAUUAAAAAAAAAACAGAGAUAAAAAGUAAAAUAGCAGAGAUAAAAAGUAAAAUAGCAGAGAUAAAAAGUAAAAUAGAAAACUAAAGUGUAAUGGAAGUGAUGAAAGUAAUAGAGAAAUUAAUAGAAAAAUUAAUAGAAAAAUUAAUAGAGAAAUUAAAAGAAAUAGAAAUAAAAAACAGAAAAAAGAAUAAAAUAGAAAGAAAGAAAGAAAGAAAGGAAGAAAGAAUUAAAAUGUAAUUAAACAUGGACAUAAAAAGUUUAUACUGUAUA